UCCACUCCGCCAUUUGCAGCGUCACCGCUGGUUUCCAUUCCAACUCCUCCCUCGUCGGAAGCUGGUAGGUCAUCAGGACCUACCCGGGACACAACCGUCAACGUGGCUGCUGCAGUGGCUCACCCGACUUCGAUGCAUCCUGGGUCUGACCCAAUGGGUGCACCUCCAAGCUUCGCGACUAGGAGGCCUCACGCCGCUCAGUUGGGUAGUUUCGAGCUCCCGCCUCCACCAAUGCACAAGUAUUCCUCCUUCAACACCAUCAACGCUUCACAAUCGUCACAAGCCCCAACGACCAUUGCUAGCGUUGGCAAUCUCCUCACCCCGCCAAAUAAUAUCCCCGGCGAUGUGAUAAGUUCCUCGUCAGGAGUAUCCACAAGCAGCGCGAACACGACCACAAUGCCUUACUCGAACGGCAAUUACAUCUACUCCCCACCCUCACAGGCGCCGACCCACUAUGGCUAUCCGACUGCGCAGCAGCAGCACCAACACCAUCAGCAUCAACAGCAGCAACAACACCAACAGCACCAGCACCACCAGCAGCACCAGCAAAAUCAAUACUCAGCCCGAGGAGGUAUGUUUGCUUCUCUGCAGAAUGAUCGUCAGCUCGGGGACCAAGGCUCACUUACCCCGCGCAAAGGGCUGAAUCCGCCACCGUACGAGAUGAACCAACAGUUGCCGCCAUUUCCGCCAUCUUCGGGCCCGUCCAAUAUGCCCGGAAUGUCUGCACAACAGCAGCCUCACCAUAUGAUGAGCGCACAGACACCUGUAUCGAGUGCACCCCACCAGCAGUCUCCUGCCCAUGCUCAGGAGCCCUUCCGACCGCCGCCAACACCGACUUAUAACUAUCAGCCUUCCUCGACCCCACAGCAGUCAUCGUUCCCCUAUUCGACGGGUCCUUCGCCGACGCAGCAAAGCCCGAUCAGCGCAGGAGGUUCCGUGCCAAGAAUGUCGCCAGCCGUGACGCAUGGUGCUAUCCCGUCGAUACCGUCAAAUCCAGCACCAUCGCCGCAUGCGUAUCAGCGGCCUUACGGUGGUUAUGUUCCCGGUCCAGCGCCCGUCUUCUCCAACGUCAACAACCCGAACGGGCAGCUGGCGUUGGUUGGUGGAGUGCACCCUGGUAUGAUGCAGGGUUUCAACAGCGGACAUGCUGCUGCAAUGCCUCAUUUCAUGGGACAUCCUCCUCAUCAGCAACAGACGGCGAAUGACCGGCCAUUCAAGUGCGACCAGUGUCCGCAGAGCUUCAACCGAAACCACGACCUGAAGCGGCAUAAGCGGAUUCAUCUCGCGGUUAAGCCCUUCCCCUGCACCCACUGCGAUAAGAGCUUCUCGCGAAAAGACGCGCUCAAGCGACACAUACUGGUCAAAGGCUGCGGCAAGGUCGCAAACUCGGGCGACGACGCGAAACGGGAAAGCCAUUCACCCGACCACAAGUCCGAACCUGUCGAUACGAAACCGGUAAUCUCGAGCCACGCAUAGAGCGCCUGGCAGUAAUCUGUUAAUCUGGAGUCUUCGGCCUUCAUUUCGCUUUCCUUGUAUUAAAUACCCUUCGGCUCCCUUCUG